GCGCGCGGCGCCGAUCGAUAGCGCCACCCUCCACCGCUGCCACCGCUCUCGCCUCAGUCCCGAGCCAGGCGCCCUCGAGCGCAGCCCGAACGCAGCGCGAUCGUGUCGAGUCCUCUGUACCCGUGUGUUGCAAUGAAGCAACAUAAAGAAAAUACUAUAAGAUCGUAUAAUGCUAAAGUUACCCAAAGGCCUUAAAAAGAAGAAAAAGGGCAAAAAAUCUAAACGCAAAGGAGACGAGGAACUUUUUACAGAGGAAGAGUUAGAGAAGUAUAGAAGAGAACAUCAACACCAAGGUGAAAGUGAAGGAUCUGCUAAAGAAAAUGAAGAAUGGUCAAAAUUUAAAGAUUUGACAACUGGUGUUGAUUCAAUACUUAAGAAAACACAAGGUGAUCUCGAUCGGAUAAAAUCUACUUCUUUCUUUCAACGAGUGCCCGCGGGUCCAAAAGAAGUUGAAUCAGUACAAAAAGAAGAACCACGAAGGCCGGUUGUCGAAGUAACUGAAGCAGAUUUUCCCCACUUAGCGGCAGCUGCUGUUGCUGAGGGUGAGAACGGUGAAAAAAGUGACUACGGCGUCACUGAUGAUGAGUCUGAAGACGAAGACGAUCAAGACGAUAUAUUUGACACUUCUUAUGUCGAUGCUGUUGAACGUGGAGAAGUGAAACUUGCUUACGUUCCGGAUUCACCUGAAGAGUUUCAAGACGACGAUAUUUUCGAUACGUCCCAUGUGGAUGCACUUAUAAAAGGUCAAGAAGUCAAAACAUUAAAAGGGAAAAAGGGUCUAGACAUCGGAGUAGCUGUUGAGGUCCUCACUGGUCGCAUAGAUAAUGUUACUGUUACCUCUAAAAAACCAAAAAGGAUUAUACCUGGUGAUUUAUUGCUAGACAGUGAAGACAAAGACGCAACAACAGUAAGAACAACAACUGUAAAUGAGCCUAUUGAAAAGAGUAUAUUGGACAUUGACACAGAUAUACCUAUAACUACGCCCAUCGAUCUUAGUGUGUCUUUACAUACUGCACUAGUAAAACAGAAACAAGAUAUUAGUGAAGAAGUUUUUCCAGCAAACGUUAGUGAGGAAAAAACAAAAGAAACUGAAGAAACAGAAUUCGAUGAGUUUACGUUAUUGGCAGCAGAAUCUUUGGAAAUUAAAGCAACAAUAACUAAAUUAGAAGAGAAGGAAAUAAAGAUCGAACCUGUGUUACAGGAAUCGUGGUCAGCGUUUGAAGCUGAUAAAAACGAAACAGUUUUUGCAGAAGGAAUAGUUGAAGAUCAACUUGAUGUCUUAGAUCCUUAUAUAGAUCAAGACGACCCUUUUGAUACUAGUUUUGCAGACGCUGUGGUCCCGUCAAGAAAUUUUGAGCAAGUUAAGCAAGAAGCUGCAAUAUUAGAGGACGACGACGAUUUUGAUCCACGUGCAGAGGAGGUACAAAUCAAGCUAAACAAUAGACGUAAAUCUUCUGUUCGAAUCCAUUUAAUAAAUCCCUCGGGUAUUAGGGAAUCGAUUACAUCUGAUGAUUUAGUAGAAAAUGAAGAAAAUAAAAAUCAGCGUGACCUUUUAGGAGGAAGUACAACUGACUUAACACUACUUGGAGAUUCACCUUUGGAUCCUGUUAAUAUAGAUAAUACUGAAAUAGACCCAUUUGAUACAACAAUUGUUGAUAAAAUUGUUGCACCUGGAAAAGUUGAGCUUAAGCUUUUAGAACAAGAGCUUAUUGGAGCUCCUGUCUCCGUACAAAUUUAUCGCGUUCCAAGUGAUCCCGAUUUUGAUCCCAGAGCUGAUGAGCCUAAAAAAGUAGAAAGAAGAGCUUCGCGCCCAGAAAAUUUAAUAGUUAGUAAAAAUGUUGUUUUUAACGUGGGUGGUGAAGAAACUACUGACUUUGAUAGUAAAUCAAAGCAUGCUAAGCCUUUAACUCCAUAUUAUACACGUGAAGUAUCUAUAACAGAGGACUUAAACGAAGAAACCGAGGCCAACCAUCGAGUAGCUGAUGUGUUAACGCGAACCCGUUCUGAGGAGGAUUUAGCAACAAAUAUAACUUAUCAAGCUAAAAGAAGACAUUCGGAAUAUCCAAAAGCAAAUCGAAAUAUUAAUAACUUUAAGGCAAAAGACCUUCUUCACGACCAUGCGAAUGAGUUAGAAGCUAAAGUUUUGACACCACUUGGUCCAAAACCAACACAAGAAUCUUUAACAAACGUAGAGUCGGAUCCUUUCGAUACUUCUUUUGCUACAGAUAUUAAGCCUAGUAAAACAGAGUUAAAACUAUUAGCAAAAGAAUUUUCAUGCGAUAAUACCUCUGAAGUCGAAGGUGAGACUGAUUUGUUAGAUCCUUCUGAUGAUAUAUUUCAAGUGAAAGCAUUAACUCCUGAACCAUCUUCUACAACCCGAAUUCCCGAAGAGGAAUUUGAUCCUUUUGAUACUUCAUUUGCUAGUGACUUAAACCCAGGAAGGACAGAGAUCAAUAUGAAUGAACCAGCAGCUCCCGUAACUACUGAUGUACUUAAUCCGUUUAUGAUGUCUGAAUCAGAAACUUCUAAUUUUACGCCUGGUGAUAACCCAUUUGCCACAAGCAAUCCUUUUUCUGAUUUAGAGAAUAGCUAUGAACCACCUGCUGGAGAUACAGUACCUGUUGAUAUUUUUGGAAGUGCCGAACCUACAGGCAUUGGAGCAAAGCAAUUUGAUGAAACUAAUUCAAUAGACAUAUUUGGAAAUUUAUCAAUGGAUAAUGAACGUCUAGUAAAACCAACUGAACUCGAGCUAGUUUCUACGAUGGUAGAUUGCAGUUACCCCGAGGAAGAGGAAAUUAAAGAUUCACAAUUAUCGACAAGGCCAUUACCGGCUGAAACUCAAAAUUUAAUCUUGACCGUUACGGGUCAAAUGGAAUUUACAAGUUCUCAUUUGCUUGAUCGUAUCCCCCCAACGCGUACACCAAGUCCAGUAUCAGUACGUGAUAUUCAUUCACCGAGUCCUACGCCUGAACCUGAUUUACUUGAAGAAAAUUCGUCUAUAGUUGAUACUAACCGUAAUAAGCCUGCUAGACCACCCCCUGCACGUCCACCACGUCCCGCCCCACCACCAAGACCACAACAGCCCCCUGUUACAGUUCAAUCCACCGGUGAUGAUAUUAAUUUAUUUGACGCACCUGUUCCGACAAAUGUUAAGCCCACAAAAGAAGCAAUCCUUAGUUUAUAUUCAGCACCAAAAAAGGAAGAAAAACAAAUAGAUUUUCUAAGUGAUGACCUCCCAGAAUUAUCUUCUGAUAUUGAAACAAAAACUAUGGAUACCACGUUUCCGGUUGUUACAUCGUCUUCAGCAACUGAAUCCUCCAAUCUAAUAUUUAACGAAGAGGACUCAUCGAUGAUAGUUAGUUCGACAGAGCCUGAGGAACAAAGUACUAUAUUUGAGGUACAAAAAUCAAAUACAGUUGAUGAUAUUACUGCUCCGAUGGAUUGUUCUGAACCAUCGGCUGAAGUAAAUGCAACUUCUCCAAAUGCUUCGCCAUUUGCUGAUAUUACAGAUGAUAGUUACCAAGUACAGGGUAAUGAAAGUGAGAAAAAUCCAUUUGAAUUGAAUACUUCUGCAGACAUUGCUUUAUUUAAUCAGGCUGAGUCUGAUAUAAGUGGUCUUAAAUCUGAGGAUUCAGUCAUGGUAUCGAACACUAAUUCCCCAUUUACUACUGAGGAAAAAUUCGUAACUACUCCACAGUCAAAUAUUUAUAACCCACCAAUGGAUAUUUUUGGUACAAUGGCGAAAGAAACGUACGAAAACACACAGACAAAUAUUUUUAGUGCCGAGCAAGAAAACAUUCUAACCGAUCAAUCUGUAACUACUUCAGAUAUGGGUUGGAAUACUAUAGACAACAUGGUGCAAGAUUCCUUUCCUGAAUCUCAAGACGCUUUUGAUGCAUUUUCAGCUAAAUUUGAUUCAACAGGCGGAAAUCAUAUGAAUACAGAUGCAUGGGGCGAUGACAGCAAUGCGGAUUCAGAGCCUGGCGGAUUCGAAGCAGAAGCUUUUGACCCAUUUUUAAGUAUGGGUGCACCACCUCCGCCUGCCGCCACACCUCGACUCGAUCACCAGGGCUCCCGUGAUUCGACAGAUGACACAUUUUCGGUAUUCAUUCGACCAAAGGACAGUGAAGCUGGUUCAGUGGAAUCCGCGGUGCCGGUAUUGGCACCUCCACCGCGGCCACAAGCUCUUCCAGAAUCACCACGUGUGAAUCCGUUUGAUAAGAAUGGAACCGAGCAAAUACAACAGCAAGUGACUUUUGACCAAGAGGAAUCGAGACGCAGGUCGGGUAACGGGGGCGAAACACCACCGACGCCGUUGUUCGAUGACGACGUGUCGAUGCCACUCGAGGAUUUCCCCCGCACCAAGUACACUGGGCCCGGCUGGGAGAUGCACCUCCGCCAACCAAAUAAGAAAAAAAUAACAGGACAAAGGUUCUGGAAAAAGAUCUUCGUGCGCCUAGCCUACCAGGGCGAUAAUCCAGUGGUGCAAUUGCUAAACACCGCGACCGAUAAAGAGCCAAUACAGGAGCUGCCGCUACAAGCGUGCUACUCAGUGUCCGAGGUAGGAGCACAGCAGUUUGACCAGUUCGGCAAGAUCUUCACUGUCAAACUUCAAUUGAUCUUCUAUAAGGAGCGGCCUGGUGUACGGCCUGGGCAGGUGACAAAGGCAGAGCGUAUUACGAACAAACUGUCGCAAUUUGCCGCGUAUGCAAUUCAGGGUGACUACCAGGGUGUCAAGGAGUUCGGUAGCGACCUACGCAAGCUGGGUCUGCCCGUGGAGCAUGCGCCGCAGGUGUCGCAGAUGUUCAAGUUAGGCUCGCUGAGCUAUGAGGAUGUGAAGCAAUUCUCGUGUUGUGUGGAGGAGGCGCUGUUCCGUCUCUCCGCGCAUCGUGACCGCGCACUCACCUACAAGAUGGAGGAGGUGCAAAUAACAGCAGUGGACGAGUUGUAUGUGGAACAGGACGCUGAGGGGGCUGUGCUAAAGCAGAUAGCUCGCGUGCGACUUUUCUUCCUUGGUUUCCUCAGUGGCAUGCCGGACGUGGAGCUUGGCGUGAAUGACCUGCGGCGGCAGGGCAAGGAAGUCGUCGGCAGGCACGACAUCAUCCCCGUCGUCACCGAGGAGUGGAUCCGCGUCGAGGAUGUCGAGUUCCACGCCUGCGUGCAGCCCCAGGCCUUCGCUGAAUCACAAAUUAUCAAGUUCAAGCCGCCCGACGCUUGCUACAUUGAGCUGAUGCGUUUCCGAGUGCGGCCGCCAAAGAAUCGCGAGCUGCCGUUGCAGCUGAAGGCCGUGUGGUGUGUCACCGGCAACAAGGUGGAGCUGCGCGCUGACGCGCUGGUGCCGGGUUUCGCGUCCCGCAAGCUGGGCCAAGUGCCGUGCGAGGACGUCGCUGUGCGCUUCCCCAUCCCCGAGUGUUGGAUCUACCUCUUCCGCGUCGAGAAGCAUUUCCGAUACGGAUCCGUCAAGUCCGCGCACAGACGUACCGGCAAGAUCAAGGGCAUCGAGCGUUUCUUGGGCGCCGUAGACACACUGCAGGAGUCACUCAUCGAGGUGACCUCGGGGCAGGCCAAGUACGAGCACCAACACCGCGCCAUUGUGUGGCGCAUGCCGCGACUACCCAAGGAGGGACAAGGAGCAUACACGACACACAACCUCGUCUGCCGCAUGGCGCUGACGUCAUACGACCAGGUGCCAGAGGAGUUGGCGCGGUGGGCGUACGUGGAGUUCACGAUGCCGGCCACGCAAGUCUCGCACACCACAGUGCGCUCCGUGUCGCUGCAGGAGCACGACGGCGAUCCGCCCGAGAAGUACGUGCGCUACCUCGCACGACACGAGUACAUAGUGGGCAUCGAGCGUACCUCGGGACAGGCCGUGGCGGCCUACUCGCUGGCCGCUACCAAGGAGCCCGAGCCGCCACGCGAGACCAUCAAAGAGGCUCCACGCGAGCCCUCUUCUGACUCCGACUCGGAUUAGGCGUCUGCUCACUGAUGCGACAGCUCCUCUGAGUAUUCUGAUCCUCAGCUAUAAAAGACUUGGUCCUCGGUUAGCCGUGUCAUCAUCGGUCUCGCCGAUUGUGACGGAACAUUUUAUGUAGUUGUCUUAAAAUAGUAAAUUAUUUGUCGACCCAACUGUUGGCGGCACACGGGCAGAACGGACAGUCGACUAAGUGUAACGUUUGGUUAUUAUGUUCGCCAAACCUAGUAGAGAUUUUUUGAAGUUUGUGAAUGCAGUUUUUACUUGUAAUAUCGCUCUAUAAUAUAAUAGGAGAUACGAGAUACGGGGGACUUCUGCCAACCUCAUACUGUAGCUAUUUAAUAGCUUACUCUUACUGAUUGAUACUCUUAUGUAAAUUAAAAAAAAAUAUGCUUGAAUAAAAAACAUAGAGUAAUGCAUAUCCUCAUAUUUCGCGAUACCAACUCGGGAUAUACAUAAGUAUCUAUAUAUGCGACGGUACCUAUAUGGCUUCUGUAAAUAAAUAAAUUGCUAAAGUCGCACGAAUAUUAUCUUCAAAAUAGUGUAUGUGUGUGUUACUAAUUAGAGAAAGAAGUAGACAAAAUUAUUAAUUAAUUAUUAUUCACAUGAUAUGAUAUGAUUCAAAUAUUGUUUCGAUAUAUUUGGUAUUGGUAGAUACAAAACACAAGAAGUGACCGAAGUGAUUGAAGGUGAUAGAGAAUAAGUUAGGCUAGGGACAGACGGUCAGUAGAGUCGCUCGCGAGUUACCUGUUUAAAGGAUUACGUGUAUAUUUUUUGUACAAUUUACUUAAGUGUAUGGUAGUAGUUCAAUGCAAUAUCACGUAGUUUAUAAAAGUUUACGACAAAUUAAUCUAUGAAAUGUGAAAUGUGAGAAUGAAAUCUAUGUGAGAAAUGGAGAGAUCAUUCGGACGAGUUUAGACCAAAGAGAUUUGUAUAUAAAAAUAAAUUUAGUAGUUACAUUUUGGACGAACCCACCGCUGCGGUUAGAAGUGUGCUUAUCUCAGUGGUCACUGUACCACGCCAAUAGUGUCGGUCGGUUCAGGCCGCACCUGCCCGAUGUGAGUUAUCACAUCUUAAGCAACAUUACUUAGCAUGUACAAAUAUUUAUAUAGGAGCAUAUCCUUAACGAAUCUCUCUAUGUGCAGUUUUAUCUAAAAGUGAAAUAGAACCUGGUAAGUGGCUGUUCCCUUAAUAUAUAUUUUAAUUGCCAUGCCUUUGAAGUGUUUAAUAUUGAAGAGAAAGUUAAGCAAAUGAAUGGUCCAAGUAUAUAUUAUUACUUACUUAUUUUACGAAGCUAUUAUGUAUAACACUUGAAGGAAGCCUUAUUUUAAAGAUUUAACCGUAUAUAAAAAGUAGAAUUAUAUUGAAUUGAUUAAAAAUGUGUACCUACGGCAAUCGACUCGCGCUAUUGAAGCGAUAACUGACGGGUAGCCACCAGCGAUAUUGGUUAUGCUUAGCUUGAAGCUUUACUAUAUAUGAUAGCUUUUUCUUCCAUACAAUAUGCCCGAGUGGUUAUUCUCACUGUUUCGAUGGGAGCCUAUUGAACGCGACAGCGCUACUCUGUAUACUGUAACACUUGUGUACUCGGACUAUCUAGUUUUGAACUUUUGUACCUUAACGCUGAGACGUCAUUUACUCCUGCUACGAGUUAUUGAUAUUGUACUAUGUAUACAAACUAUGUGACAUUAAUAUGUACGGUUCUAGUAUUACUAACAAUUAUAUUGUAACUAACUAUUUAUUUGGUAGAGCACAAAUCUUAUAUUCAAAAUAUUAAAAUAAAAAUAAAACUUAUAAGCUAAAGUACCAUCCGAAAUGUCGGUGACGUUCGACGUUCACUGAAGCUGGUUCGAUGUCUGUAUGUAUCCUCAUAAGCUUAAUAAAAUAUAUCUGUUUCUGUGGUAGUCAUUGUAUAGAUGUUACCGAUGUAUAUUGUGAAACAAUUUAUUGUUUGUUGUUGACGUCAUAUUCUCUUAACCAUUCAUUGAUAAUAAAAUAAGAGUAAUGACAUAAAUAUAUCGUUACAUCUAGCGUUAACAUAUAUUAUAUAGUUUGGAGAAGCUAAUACAUAUGAUAUAUUGAUUGUUGUAUCCAAAUAACUAGACCACCCCCUCGCCCCGCACGGAGCAAGUCACGCGACGUACUCGUACAGUUACGAGUAGAUUGGAUCUACACGACGCGACGUGACAUGAGCUGCACGCACGUUUGCACGUCACGACACGGCGACAGCGCGUGCCGGGCUCCGUGACAGUCGCGGGCACUCCAUCCACCGCAUGUGGACUAUAAUGUUGUGUUGUCAAUAAAAUAAAUACGAUUGUCGAAA